AUGCUUCCUGUCUUGGCCCUCCUUCCACUCUUCUGGCGCUCUCCAGUGUUCUCUGCACAUGUUCAAGCCACGUCAACAUUUUGCUGGCGUGUGCCGGGCAUGAGGGUUUUCCUGAUGAACUUGAUGCAUCACCUUGCUUUGCCUGCAUGUAUGCCAGGCAAAAGAAUUUUGGAAUACCAGGCAGAAUCAUGUGAGAUGCUGUACAAAGUGGUAAUCCGAUGGAAUGGUGGGACGGGCAUGGACUACCAAGGCCAAACCUCUAUAGCAGGAGGCUAUCUAUCGAGUCUACAAGUCAAUGCGCCAGGACCUGCGCCAGACUCCCUUACUGCAGUGAAGGUUCCCAAUAAAAACAUGUUUUAUGGUAUAAGGAUCUGGCGCGAGCUCGUAGUGGGGAAAUCAACCAACAUUCAAAAUGAGUCUACAAGGCCGUAUUUUAUCUACAAGAGAGUAAAGGUCCUCGGUUAUUAUGAAAGUGAAGGUUUAGUGAGACGGAGAAUGGUGGCGCUGAGCCUGACAGGGUAG